AUGGGCCGUGAAGAAAAUCCAACCUCAAUCACGAGGCACGCCAGGUUCCUCUAUGAGUUGCUGGAGGAAGAAGAAUUCGACGAGGUCAUCAUGGGACUAGACGCGAUAGCAUUCCAGCAAGCCGCCUGGGAGGCCGACCAGGAAGAAAACUUUGAUGGGGAUCACUGCACGGGCCCAGAAGACCUCGGCUCGUUUGUCGACCGCGUGCCAAACACCAUCCAGAGAGUAACAGAAGGGGAGGAAGACUUGAGGUUUCCGUCUGUUGUUCACGUACCCACGCUCAGAGGGCUCAUCAACAACGUCAUCAACUCUCAGAUUUAUGGUACUCCCUUCGAGCGCAUGUUUGAGCUUAUUCGGCAAGCGAUUGGAGAUUAUAUCGUUGGCUGCAUGAGGCAGUUGGAAGAGUGCCCUGAAGAUGCUUCUUGGCCUCGCAAUAUCCCCGCUAACAUAUUCGCCGUCUUGGCUCGGAUCAUGCUGCGGAUUCAGCUGGAUCUUCUCAUUGCUCUGAGGGACUGGUACAACCUUCUGGAGUUUGAUUAA